CGCGGCGGUUGCGCCAAAUACUGUGGUACAGCUCCUUCACCCGGCAACAUUUCAUUCUCCAGCUUUCGACAGUCCUUCACCUCCAAUGUUAACUACCUGAAACGGAGUUUGUCUUCUAGGUUCUCGUCAGGAGACUUGAGCUCGGAGUUCGACGAUGAACCAAGCACAGACUCCGGGGUGGCCUCCAUGGCCAGGGAUUCGUCCCAACCGUAUCAAGGGGUGCCAGAGCGGCCGUUGCAGUCUCAACCGACUCCAGUCCCGCCGGCAAGUCAGCCACCGGUACCAGGAGCACCGCCGCCUGGACCACCGCAACCCGUCGGCGGUGAUCUCAGCCUGAACCUGAGACCCGGAUCGAGAACAACCAGUGCCCCCUCCUCGCCGGCAAAGACACGGGAAAGUUUGUUCCAGAGAGUGCAGAGUUUGACUGGAGCUGCUCGUGACCAGGGUGCUUCUAUUUUGGGAGCAGCGGUGUCAGGAGCGACCAGAGGACCUUCUUACAGUAAAGAUCGAUGUUUCACGUUAUUGGUGAUCGACGACCAGAACACCGACUGGAGCAAAUAUUUCCGGGGUCGCAGGCUUCACGGCGAUUACGAGAUCCGCGUGGAACAAGCGGAAUUUCGGGAAUUGUCGUUGACUGCGAGCGAGGCUGGCACUGUCGUCUCUAUGGCGGUUUAUCGAAACGGAACCAAAGUCAUCCGAUCCUUCAAGCCUGAUUUCGUCCUGAUACGACAGAAUCUGAAAGACGCCGGAGAGGACUACAAGAAUCUUCUUCUCGGUUUAAUGUACGGCGGUGUUCCGAGCGUUAACAAUCUCACCGCAAUUUAUAACUUCCAGGAUAAACCUUGGGUGUUCGCGCAUCUAUUGGGACUUCAGCGUCGUUUGGGAAAGGAUAACUUCCCUUUGAUCGAACAAACUUACUAUCCUAAUCACCGUGAAAUGGUGAGUGCAUCUCGUUAUCCGGUUGUGGUGAAACUUGGACACGCCCACGGCGGAGUGGGAAAAGCUCGUGCCGAGACGAAUCAAGAGUUUCUAGAUCUCGCCUCGUUGGCCGCUUUGGCGAACACAUACAGCACCGCGGAACCGUACAUCGACACCAAAUACGACGUGCACGUGCAGAAAAUAGGCAAUAACUACAAGGCGUUCAUGCGGAAGAGCAUAAGCGGAAACUGGAAGUCGAACACCGGUUCGGCGAUGUUGGAGCAAUUAGCAGUGAGCGAGAGACAUCGCACCUGGGUAGAUCACGUGGCCCAAUUGUUCGGUGGAUUAGAUAUCUGUGCGAUCGAGCUAUUGGUCGGGAAGGAUGGCCGGGAAUAUAUAAUCGAGGUGAACGAUAGCGCGUUGUCGUUAAUGGGUGACUCGCAAGAGGAGGAUCGUCGACAGAUUGCAGAUCUUGUCACAGCGAAGAUGCAGGUAUGCUGUCGACCUCCAAGCGUGCUGACGAAGACAACAUCCAGAGGGUCAAUUACUGGCUCCAGUCAAGCGACAAGUCCAGUAGAAGAUCGUACUGCGCCACCAACUGCGCCGUUGGGAUCACACGGAAGCGUGGGAUCCAUGGCUAGCAUAGGCAGCUUAGGGUCUGUGGGGUCCACGACAGCAAUGGCGGGCGAUGUAACUAGUUCUGACAGCCAUCAUCAGCUACAACGUCGCGAUUCUCAAGCAUCCCAAUCGAGUACAGUGAGCAGCGCUCCAUCGGUUGGCCGACGUCAAGAAGAACCUCCACCAUCGAGAGUACCUUUCCACAGACAAGGCAGCCAAUCACAAAACGAGGACACCGAAGACACUAUGAAGAAUCUUCGGAAAACGUUUGCCGGAAUCUUCGGAGAUAUGUAAAUUAAUCGAACGAAAUGUA